AUGGCUAAAUAUGUUUAUAAGUACAGAGAUGAUAAAAUAUAUUUUACGAAUAAUUCUGAUGAUAAUCACAAUAUUUUGAAUCAAAUUAAUGAUACUAUAAAUAAAAGUUUAGAUAUUACUAAAAAUAAACCAGAAAAGGAAUUUUUUACUAAAAAUAAGCUAAUUAAACUUAAUGAAAUUAACAAUAAUUCAAUACUUGUAAAUAAUAAUCAAAAUAUUUUAAGUAGAUCUAAUUUAGAUAUAAGUUCUAGUGUAUCUGAUGAUAUGUUACUUGA